UCAAUACUUAAGUGAACUUAUUCCAGUGUUUAAAAUUUUAAUUAAUUAUGAAAUUUAUAUUGUUAAAUACAUUUAUAUUAUUUUAUGUUAUUAAUUAUGCAAAUAGCCGUGCCCUCGAAGGACGUAUAAUUAACGGUGUGGAUGUAACAAUUGAAGAAUACCCAUAUCAAGUAUCAAUCGAAGGUAUCUUUGGACAUUUUUGUGGUGGCUCUAUAUUAGCAGAACGAAUUGUUUUAACGGCAGCACAUUGCGUUGAUAAUGCAAAUAUUGGUGUAUUAAAAAUACAUACUGGCAUUACAAUACGUGAUUCGAAUCAAGAUGGACAAAUAUCAACAGUGAAUAAAAUUUAUGUUCAUCCUGAGUACAAUAAAGAAGCUAAAAGUGAUUACGAUAUUGCCAUUUUAUUUUUAAAUGAAGAUUUAAUAUUUUCAAACAAAGUUCAACCAAUCAGAUUAGUGGAAAAAGAAGAAAUUGAUAUUAAUAAGAAACACAGCCGAGAACAACCAAUUGGAAUUGUAACAGGUUGGGGUCGACAACAAUUUGGUUCCGAAAACGAAUAUGCAACAAAUCUUCAACAAACUUCCGUUAACAUUUUAACUUAUGAGAAAUGUUUAGAAUUAUACACACAACAGCGGAUUACAUCACAAAUGUUUUGUGCAAAUGGUGAUUCAAAAGCUGAAGAUGAGAAAACUAAUGUAACAAAUGAAACCAGUGAAGAAGUUGUAAGUGAUGCAUGCCAAGGCGAUAGUGGUGGCCCAUUAAUGAUUAAUAAUAAAUUAUACGGUGUUGUUUCAUGGGGUAUUGGUUGUGGAUCCAAAAAUUAUCCUGGUGUUUAUACGAAUUUAUCUAAUUUACAAAUACGUCAAUGGAUUUUCUCAAUCACUAAUUUGUAA